AUGGAUUAUUCUAUACUGUUUAGCUGGCUCCUAAUUUUCCUGUGGUUUCACAUGGGAAACGGGUUGGAGAACGGCGGGUAUCGGGAGCUUAGGUUGGAUGCAGCAGCUGAAUCCUGUCCAGAUGAUUUCUACUUUAAUGAAACUAUCAAAGCGUGCGUCUCUACAGACAUUACAAGCUGUACCAAUCGCCAGAUAGGCAAAUGUCCGAUGGCUACAGAUGUGGAUAAGUUUUGCCUGUGCGUAGACAACCACCUUCAGAUCUGGCAAUGUCCCGAAGGAGCUUACUUCGAUGCGAAUCUAUUGGUCUGCAGGAUUGGAACCGUUGAGUGCCAGGAGCAACUUCUUGUGUCCGCAUGCCCCAACAGCACUGCAAACGACGUCUUUUGCAUCUGCAUCAAUGGAAAAUUGCAUCAUGAAUACUGUCCCACGGGGUAUAUCUUUGAUUCCGCGCUGGCGUUUUGCGUGAUGCGUAAUGACGGGAACUUGCCCAGUUCGUCUGGAAAGUGUCAGCGACUUGGGUUGUUUGCAGAUCCCGCCGACUGCUCAGGGUACUAUCAUUGUCGCGAUAAGGGUAGUGAUAUUGAGUACUACAGAUGCUCCGGAGGGACCAUCUUUAAUCCAAUUUCCUUUGCGUGCGUUGCUGGAGCUUGUUGA